AUGAACCUUGGCGCAUCCGAGAUCGGUCGUCAAGAUCUCCUUCCAUGGCAAGACGGGCAACCUUUGCAGGAGCUAGUCUACUCACAUUUCAAGGCCUGUCCAAGUACAGAGAACCUUGCUAGCAACUAUGGUUACGCUAUUAACUGGACUCAUGAUCUUUCUGAUCAUCUCGCCAUUGAUUGGAAGUACAAAGAGAUCACAGUUUACGAGCACAAGAUCCAUCUUUUCAACCACCUCCGUUUUCCUGACAAUGCUAUAAUACCUGAGGAUAUCGUUGCAGAGGCAAUCGAUACGCUAAAUCUCCUGUUUCCCUUUCAGGAUGAUGCUACCAAGCGGUUCUUGGACAAGGAAAAGAAGUUAUUCUAUGGCCUCGGCUUUUGUAAUAGGCCCAGAAAGCUGGAUCUGGAUGAUUACACCUUUUGGCGAGAUAGGAUCGAAGAUCUCGGUUACAUCUUGCGCCAACCUGCGGUUGGACUACAUCAGCUGAGGCUUGACAAAGGUGGGAGCAACAUGCUUCAGAUAUCUGCUUUCUGGAUCACAGUUGUCCUGGGUUUGGUCACUCUAGUCAGCAUAGCCUUUGCGGUGGGUGCUACUGUAUACGGGGUAAAGCAGUACAGCAUUUCCUUGAAGCAGUAUGAACUUGCUGUUGCGGAGGCAUGCCUUGAUCCUGCUAUGUCCAUCUCAGAUGGAACAGACUCAGGUAAAAGUCUCGAGAGGUCCGAUAUUCCUGACACUGAAAGUACCCAUAGCGAAUUUGGAGGGAGUGAAGAUAUGGACCUCAGGAAUUUGCGUUCUGAUACCAAUGGCCGCGAUCGGGUCUCCCAGUCUGUAUUUCUUGAGGCAACAGAGGGUUCCAUAAAUGCAAUGCUCUUUGCUGGGGUCGUUGUCGCCGCUUCAGUUCGCCGGGCCGUCAACACUAACAAGGCUACUCGCCGUCCCAAAAUUACGAUUCCUCAUGGCGAAACCGGCGGCUAUACCUCGAUUUCCAGGCCAACUCACACCGAUAGAUCCACGGCGCAGGAUCAUGGCGGUGAUGGGGCAGGUACCGUUUCUGUACAGGCUCUCAACGUAGAUCAACCCACAGCUCAGGAUCCAGACAUUGAAGGAGCAAUGAAUUGCGCCAAUCUUAUCAGAAAUGAUCUUACUCCCGAACACCACGCGCAUAUGCCAAUCGCUCAAUUUGAUUCCUCGUUCGAAAUGCAUACAUCCUUAGGAGAAACCACAGCUACGUCGCAUAAAAUGCAAACCCCCGACACUCUGAGAGCUUUGGAAGACAAAGUUGACCGUGAUAUGAGUAGGCCUUUGAACGGUCAAUCCGAUGAAACAGCGCCCAAUACAGUCGCUCGACAACCCGUCAAAGUCCCCACCAACACAAGUAUCUUGGGGUGUUUUAGCGACCCUCUUCGGUAUAUGUUUAGCCGAUCACAGAUUUACAUACCGUUGCCAUCCCGUUCACAUAUCCGUGUCCUCGCAAUCCAACCUGGAACAAAUGACGAUGCUCUGGUGGCCUCCUUCAAGAUCUUGGACUUGGACACACCAAACCUUCCAUUUGAAGCUAUUUCAUAA